CACACAGCUGUGACUGAACUUUGUCCUCCUUCCAGAUAGCAAAACAACAGGCAGAGUAUAAAAGGGGGGAGCAGUGGGGGAAGAGACUUGUUUUUCAAGGAGUUGCAGCAAAGAAGAACUGAGCAGAGGGAAGGAAACUUUCAAACCAAAGGAUUGGGGCAGUGAGGAGGCACCACAGGGAUGUGGGCGUGCCUCAGCCUGCUCCUCACUCUCUGCCUGCUCCAUGGGGGCGGGGCAGAGAGUGAGGGGGGUGGGCCAGGGUGUCAGCUGCCAGCAGCCUGGUCGAUAGGGGAGGUGGAGCCAAUGAAAGGUGCCACGGGUCACGUGACAGUGGUGGCACUUUUACAGGCCAGCUGACUGUUCUGCUUGGUGCAGGCUUCCAGAAUGGAUGGCCUGCGCCAGAAGCUGGAGGAUCAGGGUUUGAAGGAUGUGAUCUACAUGGUCAUUAACCACCAGGGGGAGCAAUCACAGCGCCUGCACACCAUGCUGAAACAAAGGCUGUCAGAGAACAUCACACUGUACAAACAGGAUGAGCAACAGCCUGAUGUCUGGCAGACACUGAACGGAGAGAAAGAUGAUUUUCUCAUUUAUGACAGGUGUGGCCGUCUCACUCGCCACAUUUCACUCCCAUACUCUAUCAUUGGACAAGGUCAUAUUGAGGGUGCGAUCAAAGAUACCUACUGCAAACGCAUAUGUGGGGACUGCACACAUGAGAGCACUGAGACCCCAGAGGAAUGCAAAGGUAAAGCAGAUGCACAGCCUGACGCAGAUGGUACCCCAGCUGUAGAGGAAGGCACUGGACAUGAUCAGGGGCAUGGUCACCAUCAUGGACAUCACCACGGUCAUGGCCAUGGCCACCAUGGGGAUAAUCAUGAUUUUCACCCCCGUGGCUCUGGCCAUGGCCAUGAUCACAAUCAUGGCCAACAUCAUAGAGAUCAUGAUGGCACUGGCCAUGGCCAUGACCAUGGACACAGUCAAAGUCAGCAAAUUCUUAGACCACACGGGCAUGGACAUGAUGGUGGGGUGUCUCAAAGGCAACAACAUGCAGAUGUAGGCCAGACGCAGCAAGCAGUGCACAUGCACCAGAUGUCACAGGAGGCCCAUGGAGGCCCUGUGAGGCCUUGAGUACAAGAGAGGGUGAGGUGAAAGUUAAAGCACAGCUGACAGUGGACAGCAGGCUCUGACAAUGAAGCCUCUCCUAAGGUCAGCUGAUGCUGACACUGACGCAGGCUGUUUGGCGAUGCAAGGAGUGAGCAGCCGGUUGGUCUCUGACACUGUGAUGAGGCGCUGCCCGCCUCCUGACAGUGACACGGACUGAUAGGCAAUGCAGCCAAUAAUGUUAGGGAAACCUGACAGUGACGCUCGUACCCUGCUAGCUGACAGCAGCCUCAGCCAGCACAAUGAGCCUGACCCCCAGGUGUUGUGAGCUGAGGAUGAGAGCAGCUGUAAGCUGGCUCUGAUAUCAGCCUCAUUUUAACAUCAGCCAGCAACACCAGGGCCAAGCGCUCUUUUUUACCAACAAGUAUUACCCUGGGAAAGGACAGGGCAGUCCCUGACAGCAUGGAUGUGGGAUAGAUGAACAGGUGGAGUCCAACAUUGCACUCAUAAAGAAAAUAAGGUAGAUAAUCACAUCAACCAAAGCAUGUAUUGGUAACUUGUUAAAUUUGACAACAGACAUGCAAAUAAUUUGAUUGUGCCUUAAAACAUACAUGCUGUCUUUCACCUGUCUCAGCAUGUCUGUCAGUGGGUUGCUCUCAUCCUUUCUCAGGAGUGUAUAGGGUUGUCAUGUUUAUAAAUUGCCUCCUCCAUUUUGCUCUCUCCAUCCUUUAUGAAACCAGACGCAGAAACUACGCUCUAGUGGCGUCUGUAUGAAGUCAGGCAGGAGAGAGGGGAGAGGGUAGUCUAGGAACAUGAUAAGCUUUUAAAUUCAGUAUGAGAGGAUAUUUCAGGAAACAAAAAAUGUGAUAGAAUCAACAAAUAUUGCAAAAAUGGAAUAGAAUAAGAGAAGAUAACAUUACAGCACAUUAGAAUCUGUGAAUUAGGUAAUCACCAAAAAUCUUUGAUGAAGUUAAUAGUUAAUGCUUCAUUUUUGUUGGGGAAACCUGAAAGCACUGGCCCCAUUACUGGGAAACAAAGUCCUAAAAACAUGUAAAAGCACACCUAAGAAAGUUUGUACCAGUGAUGUGUUUGUCCGUAGGGCAUGCUAUUGAUCAUUGUUCUUUAGCACAUAUAAUAGCAGUAACUGCCAUGAAUCACUUUCUCUUUUUUUGUACUUGGUGAUGAAGUCCACAAGCUUAAACAUUUCUCAGGUGUAGCUUUUUCCACUUCCAACAUGCACAUUUUGAAUGUUGAAGUAUUUGGCAUUCCUGUAUUUUUUGUUUGCAUUUACUAGAUUUGCUAUGUAGGCUGCAAAUUGGACAUUUAUACAAGGCUUGUUUAAAAAAAAAAAAUACAUGGCUCUUUUGUUUAGAAAAAAGGCAGAGAGAAAACGAGAGUGAAGCAAAGAAUAAGUGUUGGAAGACACUCUGUACUAAAUGAUGGUUUCUGUGGGAAGAUAACAGUCACCCUGAAAACCUGAUGCUUGCACAGAGAACUGUCUUGCUUUAAAGUUGUCACACAUGGGAAAUGAGAGUUGAAUAAAGAUGGUUGAGCUUC